GAUACUACAAGACAAAAUGGCGAAGAGUUUGAGAUCUAAGUGGAAGAGGAAGAUGAGGGCAGUUAAACGAGUUAAGAACUUAGAAAAGGAGAAGGUGAUGUUGGUGAAGAUGGUGGACAAGGCGAAGAGGAACGAGGAUGUGGAGAUGAAGACAGCCGAAGAUAUUAAAGAGGACAGGAUGGAAACCUCAAGUAAGCCUGAAUUCAACCCCCGAACAAUGAAGAACAAGGACGGAAACUAUCCUAAAUGGUUGUCAAAAGCCAAGGUUCAGAAACUCAAGCUUGCAAACAAGAGCAAGGUUAAAAACAAGAAGAAGAAUAAAACCAAGAAUUGAACUUGUUUUCAGUGUUUAUUUUUUAAUAAAUUUGAUUAUUUUUCCGUAAA